AUGAGUUUUGCUAAAUAAGCCAUCAUUUUAUGUUUGUUAUUAUAUAAUAACGCAGGGUAUAUUUCCAUCUAAUUAUAGAUUUACUACUUUAAAUCUAUCGAACCAUUAAUAGGGUAACUUAAAGGAAGUUGAAAUGCAAUUAAGUAAUCAAAAGUAGUUGUCGAGUCUAUCAUAACUGUAAAAUUAAAUUCCAUAUAGAGAAAUUUUGCAAAUCAAUUCUCAUAUAAUCACUCAGUAUGAAAAAGAAUCUGAGGAUUUAAUAGAAAGAAAUAAUAAUUAAAGCACAUUAAUUUAAUUAAAAAAAUUAUAAGAUGCGGGAUAAUCAUAAAUAUUAAUAGGGGAAGAUUACUAAGUGAUUGAUUUAACAAAUCCCUAAGAAGUAAAUACAAAAACAUAAGAGGAAUCAUAAAAUUAAUCAUGCUAAAAUGCAAAUUCAUAAAUAAUUAAGGAUAAAACUGAUUCUGAUAACAACCAACUUGAACUUAAUUCUUAGUAUGAAAAUACAUUAUAAUAAAAUGCAUAGAAUGAGGAAUUCACCUUUAACGAAGAAGCAGGCUACAUGAGUGACUCACCUUAAGAUUUUGACUUAAAUAAUGAUUCAAAAUAGUUGAAUAGGAGCCUAAGUAACUAAGAAGACUAAGGAAAUUAAUCUCUAUAGAAAUAGGAAGAUGAUGUUGUUAAUAAGGAAGAUUAAUAAUAAAAACCAAACGAAUUUUAGGAAUUAAAUAAGGGGGAAAAUGAAGUCGAGUUUAAAUAAAAUGAAGGCCUAAUUGAUAAGUAAAGUACAGAGGAAACUUUUAAGGUAAAUGAAAUAAUGAAGAGUUAAUUGAAUGGUCAAGAUGCUACAGAUAAUUAAGUCAGCCAUAAUAAUGAUCAAUCAGAGAUGUUCCACUCAUAAAAAAUGAAGGCAGAGUAAAGCGAACAAUUAUAAGAUUCAAUACAAGUAGGUUAUAUUAUUGAAAAUAAUGUUGAAACUGAUGAUUAUUUAGAGGAUGUUGAAAAUGCUGAAAGAAACUCCCAAAAGUAGUAGGAUCUGCAAUAGAAAUUAGAAUAGGAAGAAUAAUAUUUGAAAUAGUUAAAAAAUAAUGAAUAAGAUGAUGAAAAUAAAUUAAAUUAAUUAGAAGAACAAAAAAAUGAAAUACAUAAUUCAGAAUAACAUGAAUAAUAAGAAAUUAAGUAGAUAAAUGAGUAAAUUGAUAUCUACGAGCAGAAGCUAUAGGAAAUAUAAUCUAAUUCUUAGAAUCAAAGCAAAAGUUAAAAUACAGAAUCUUAACUUGAAGAAUAAACAUAAUUUAGGCCUUAUGAAGGUUAAGAAUUAAUUAUUUCUUCAGAAGUAAAUUAUGAUGAAGGGAAUAUGGAAUAAUUUGAAUAUACUGAGAAUAAUUAGGUUAUCUAGGAAUAUGUUGAGAAUAAUUAAGAUUUUGAACAAAAAGCUGAAACACUAGUACUAUAAGAUGAUGAAUAAAAUAAUAACUUUAAUUGGAACUAAAAUACAUAACAUUAGAAUACUUUUGGAUAAGGCAAUUAUUUUAGCAAUAGUGAAAAAGAAGAUAACAAUGUUUAAGACUUUGAUGAAUCAGUUCCAGCUUAGCCAUAAGAAGUUUCCAUUGAUUUAAAUUUAAAACCAAGUGAUCUUAUAACUCAGAUCAAUUUAAGUGAAGAUGUUUUAAUGAAAGCAACUAAUGAGAUGACUUAUUUAGAUUAAAACACUAGGGAUGAAGAGAAUUAAAUUAUAAACUUUGAAGAUUAUAAUUAAUAAUCAAAUAAAGAGGAUUAAAAUUAAAUACUAUCCAUAAAUUCAUAAGUAACGUUAGUUCAGUUGAGUAAUCCUGAGUUUAUUAAACAAGACUAGAGUAUUGAGACUGAUAAUCUAUUAGUUUAUUAAUAAUAGAGUUAUCAUAAGCAAUUCAAAUAAAUUAAUAAAGAUUUAUCUCUUUACUAAAUGCAAUAAUUAAUAAAGAGAACUUCAACUAAUGCAAAUUUAAGAGUAAGAGGACGUAUUCAAGAUUUAAUAGAUGCUUAGUAGCCCUCCUUGUUAUAUUAAAGUAUGUAAGCACUAUAAUUUAUAUUAACUAGAUAAUUAGAAAUAACCUAACGAUUAAUAUGAUUAAGAUAGAAAUCAUUCCUUUUUAAUAGAUUAAAAUAUUUAAAGAUAUACCGAGAUUUUAAAUUAGAGCAAUCAAUUGCCCACUAAAAAUAUAGAAACUCAAAAUGAAAAGGAAUAAUAAGUUAGGGUAUCUAUGAAUAGUAAUAAAAUUCCUAAUAGUAUCAAUCAAUUUUGGGAAUAUGAAAAUUUAUAACAGAUAAGGAUUUGA